AAAUUUAAGCUGGCCACACUAAUCUCCGUCUUUAUUUUCUGCAACUUUUCGAUCACGUGUUUGCAACUCCGCAAUUUUUUCGAAUUAAAUCAGACUAUUUCAAGAUGUUCAUUCCAAAAGCCAAUCGUAUCGCCAUCUACGAGUACCUCUUCAAGGAGGGCGUGCUCGUGGCCAAGAAGGACUCGCCCAUCCAGAAGCACCCCGAACUGGACAAGAUUCCCAAUCUGCAAGUAAUCAAGGUGAUGCAGUCGCUGCACUCACGUGGCUGGGUCAAGGAGCAGUUCGCCUGGCGCCACUUCUACUGGUUGCUGACCAACGAGGGCAUCGAGGCACUGCGCUGCUAUCUGCACUUGCCCCCGGAGAUCGUACCCUCCACUUUGACGCGAACUAAUCGGUCGGACGCAGUGCGCCCGCGCGGAGGACUCGGAGGACCGGGACCUCGUGGAUUCGGAGGCGCCUCCAAAACCGAUGAGGACAGAUCGAACUACAGACGCGGUCCCGGCGCUUAUGGAGUGGACAAGAAAGGCGAUGUGGGUGCCGGAACCGGACAGGUCGAAUAUCGUGGCGGUUUCGGUCGCGCCUCUCGCUACAACAAUUAAAAUAAUGGAUAAAUAAAGUUGUUGCCCAAAAACGAUAC